AUGAAGAGCUCCUCAGAUCAGCUUCAGCAACAUCAGGAUGAAGAUGACAGAGAUCCUCAGACAUGGACGAGAGCUCUGUCUGAUGGACGAACACAGUUUCGGAUGAUUGACAGCCUUGUGACCCAAUAGGCAGGAUGAUCGCUACCGGCGGGCUGCUGAGGAUUUCCCGGCGCCAAGACUCGCUGCGAACCAAGAACCGCGCAGAGAACAAGAAGAAGCGGAAAGCCAAGAAGAAGCGCAAGAACGACGUGGUGGUGGUGAAGGGCAAAGUGAAACUGUGCUCCGUUUCUGGGCUGGUGGCAGCGCUAGGCGUUUUGAUCCUGCUGAUCGGCAUCGCCAUGGCCGUACUGGGAUACUGGCCCAGAGAAAACAACGAGAAAUUCAUCGGACCCGUGCGACAAAUAAAAGAGGAGAACCUCACAAGCAAUAAUGAGUUAGUGAUGUCAAACCAGCUGGAUGGUGCAAACUCCUCAGCCGGCUUUUUCAAAAGCCUGUUUGCGAGUUAUUUAUACUCGGAUAACCUCAAAGUCUUCGGACCGUUAGUGAUGGGCAUCGGGAUUUUCCUGUUCAUCUGCGCCAACGCGGUUCUCCACGAAAAUCGCGAUAAGAAAACCAAAAUCAUCAAUCUGCGAGACAUUUACUCCACAGUUAUCGACAUUCACAGUUUGCGUGCAAAAGACUGCGUUCCUUUCAACGGCCUCAUCAGCUACAUGCAAUCGAAGAGCGAUAAACCAGCAUCUCCACGAAACUACAGACGCCCAUCGUGUGCGAGAAAAUACAGCUUGUUUGCGAAGCGCCAGUCGUUCACCGACACGAUUUAUAGCAUAUAUCAAGGAAACGAGGAGGCGUCCGAGUGGGAAACGCACUCCAUCGUCACGUCGUCGGUGAAUGCGUUCACGCUCCCCGUCAUCAAACUCAACAACUGCGAAGUGCAGGAGAACGAACCUUCGCGGCGCAGGAGUUGCGUCGCGACGCUGGAAACCAAAGCGGACGUCUCAAAGACACGGAUGUCGCUUUCGCACCUGUCUCUGAACGCGUUGACGGAUCCGGGCGCCAGGUGUUUGGACGAGAAGUCGCGCAGGUUCAGCUGUCCCAGAUUGGAGCGAUCGGGCAGCAAAGGCUACAUUAAACUGGCCGAUCUCGGCGGAGAUUCGUUCGAGACGCCCGACGCAGAAAGAGAGGAGAAAGAGACACAAGCACUUGCUAUAAACUCAGAUACAUGUCUGCAUAAACACACUGCGUCACUGUCCGAUUUGUAAACGAUGAUUGCACAUGACCAAGGGCCCUAAUCGCGGAAUCCAGUCAUAAAAACAGAAUUUACAGUUUAACGCAGAAUGUCAAAGUUUGGAUGAAUGAAUCAAAAGUAGGUCACUUAAAUCAAAACAUGAUGUGGACUAGUAUCUGUGAUUAUUA